UAUCGAUUCGGAACGCGCCAACAGCUGUCAAAAAAUUGACGAAGCUUGGCUGCUCGUUUUUGGGAUGUUUUUUUUAUAAAAUUGAAUUAGUUUUCUUGAACAAUUCAUAAUUGUUUGGUUGCAAUUAAUUUUUAAAUCGUUUAGCCGCGUAUACGACGAUUUGGAGUGUGUGAUUCUGUACUACGUGUGGCCCAAUCAUAGGCUCAUGAUUGCAAGUUGUAAACAUGGGUUUGGACUUCGACGUUUUAGAGUUUUGUAAGAAAUUGCGUCAAAACCGUCCGCCGCCGUACCAGUGUCCACUGGAGAAAUGUGACAAGGUUUACAAGAGUCUCUGUGGGCUGCAGUAUCAUUUGGUGCACUACGACCAUGACAAUCCUACACCGGCGACCCCGACUGUUGCUCACAAUCGCAAGAAGAGAGGCGCGUUUAAGACUCCAGUCGCCACUGGAGAUAUUGCACUCCAGAGCCCGCCCAAAGAAGCCUUGACUUUCGCUGAAGCUCAGAAAGUGGUGCAGUUUGAGGUAGAUGGCAAAAUUAGUAGAAUUCCCAUUGACCAACCACUGCCUAUCAUGUCUUUGGAAGAGUGGGAGAAGAAGAAUGCUGAGCUUGAUAAACCACUGCCUUAUGUGGAGCCCCCAGUUGAGCCUCAUGUCAAAUUACCAGAAGCUAGUUUCAAGCUUAUACCAGACUACAAUGAGAGAGUGGUUGAUGCUCCACCUCGGCCCAAUGCCUACAUCCGUUUUAUCGAGAAGUCAGCAGAGGAACUGGACGGAGAGGUGGAGUAUGAUGUGGACGAGGAAGAUACAGCGUGGCUGGCGAUCAUCAACAAGAUGCGAGUGAAGCAGAACCUGCCUCCGGUGUCUGUGGACACGUUGGAGCUGCUGAUGGAUAGAUUGGAGAAGGAAUCAUACUUUCAGGCAACUCAAAGUGGGCAACAGACAGCAGCAGCAGUGGAUGAGGAUGCAGUUUGCUGCAUCUGCAUGGACGGAGAAUGUCAGAACACCAACGUCAUUCUGUUCUGUGACAUGUGCAACUUGGCUGUGCACCAAGACUGUUAUGGAGUUCCAUACAUUCCAGAAGGCCAGUGGCUAUGUCGCCGCUGUCUGCAGUCGCCUUCACGCCUUGUCAACUGUGUGCUUUGCCCAAACACCGGAGGUGCAUUCAAGCAAACUGAUCAAGGAACAUGGGCUCAUGUUGUAUGUGCCCUCUGGAUACCAGAGGUCCGCUUCGCCAAUACAGUAUUCUUGGAGCCAAUAGAUUCGAUCGAGAUGAUCCCGGCGGCCCGUUGGAAACUCCAGUGCAUGGUGUGCAAGCAGCGCGGCGCCGGCGCCUGCAUCCAGUGCCACCGCAGCAACUGCUACUCCGCCUUCCACGUCACCUGCGCGCAGCAAGCCGGGUUAUACAUGAAGAUGGAGGCGGCGGGCGCGGGCCGCGACCCUUCGCAGCCCGUGCAGGUGGCCAAGAUGGCCUACUGCGACGCGCACACGCCCGCUCACGUGCUACAGGAAAGAAGAGCGCAGGAGUCUGAAGGAGAUUCAAAAUCAACAGAUUUGACUGCCAUUAGACAAAAAGGAAGAGAGAAAAUAAUCCAGGCGCGUCGAGUGCUAGCGAUGAAGCGUACUUGGGCUCCAGUGGUGUUAGUUCCGACUUUACCCGCCGAGCGCGUGUCGGAGGUGGCAGCACUGGCGCGCGGGCCGCCCGCCGCGCGCGCACAACUCAUGAAGCGCCUGCUCGCCUACUGGACGCUCAAGCGACACAACCGGAAUGGAGUGCCGCUGCUGCGCCGUCUACAGAGCCUUACUAGUCAUCACGGUACUAGAGGAAUCCAAGAUGGCACCGUCAAUGUGAGGGAACUUUGUAACCAGCUGAAAUACUGGCAGAGAAUACGCCAGGAUUUGGAACGAGCUAGGUUACUAUGCGAGCUGGUUCGCAAGCGCGAGCGCCUUAAGGCGGAGUACACACGCGUGUGGGAGCGCUGCGUGCUGCACUCGCUGCGGCCCGAGCGCGCCGUGCUGCACAAGCUGCUGCGGCUGCUGCGGCAGCGCGACGCCAGCGACAUCUUCACCGAGCCCGUGGACUUGAACGAGGUGCCGGACUACAGCAGCAUCGUGAAGCACCCGAUGGACCUGAGCACGAUGGGCAAGAAGCUGGAGCGCGGCGCCUACGCCUCCGUCGACGACGUGGAGGCAGACUUCCGCCUCAUGAUCGACAACUGCCUCGCCUACAACAAUAAGGACACCGUCUUUUACAAGGCCGGUGUGAAAAUGCGAGAGCAAUGCUUACCGAUCUUCCGCCAAGCGCGGCGCGACGUGCGAGCGGCCGGCCUGCCCGAACUGGCCGGCUCCGGGCCGGGUUUAGCCGACGUCAGCCCCGAGCGAGACAGAACGAGCCGCCGCCUCAGUGCAGACAGAGACAGGAUCAGCCGCCGGGCUAGCUCCGAGCGGGAUAGAAUCAGCCGUCGCAGCCCGGAACGAGGCCGAGUUAGCCGCCGGGGCAGUCCAGAGCUAGAUCGAACCAGUCGACGAGGCAGUGUAGAGAGAGAUCGCACUAGCCGUCGAGGCAGCUUAGAAAGAGAUAGAACUAGUCGUCGGGGCAGUCCAGAAAGAGAUAGGACGAGCCGCCGGGGCAGUCCAGAAAGAGACAGGAUGAGCCGCCGCGGUAGCACAACCAGUCGCCGCGGGAGUCCGAUCAGUCGCCGCGGCAGUCUAGAGAGAGAUAGAGCUAGUCGGGCACGCAGUCCUGAACGAGGCAGGAGCGUUCGGCGGGGAAGUCCCGAACGCGACCGAAUGAGCCGACGAGGCAGUUCCGAGCGAGAUAGGUUGAGUCGUCGGGGUAGUCCAGAAAGGGAGAGAACCAGUCGUCGGCUUAGUGAAGAGCGAGAGAGGACUACUAGGCGGAGUGCUGAGCGGGAGAGGGCAAGCCGGCGCCGCAGCCCCGAGCGCGGGAGGAGCCGCCGCAGGAGCCCCGAGCGAGGCAGGCCCGGGCGCCGCCCCAGCCUCGCGAGACAGAAGAGGGGCCGGCCCGUGAGCCGUGCCUUGGCCAGUGACAGCGACCAUACCGCUGACACACGAAGCGAACGGAGCGUUUCCCAGGCCCGCAGCGAAAGGAGACGGCCCAGUCCUUGCAGGGAUUCUGACGAUGACAACAAUACGCGCGAGUCAUCGCCAGCUCGCACGGUGGGUCGUCCGCGGGGCCGCUGGCGCGGGCGCGGCCGGGGCGUGCGCGGCCGGCGCGGGCGCAGGGGCCGCGGCAGGCCGCCGCUACACGCCGCGCGCCCGCUGCUGGACAAUGCGAGUCUAGGUGCUAGUUGCUACAGCGCGAGUCAUCCUCAGCGCGCGCGGCCGGCGCGGGCGCAGGGGCCGCGGCAGGCCGCCGCUGCACGCCGCGCGCCCGCUGCUGGACAAUGCGGGCGCGGGCGCAGGGGCCGCGGCCGGCCGCCGCUACACGCCGCGCGACCGCUGCUGGACAAUGAAACGCCGACCUCGGGUUCGGAGACGCCCAUUCCGCCCCGGAAGAGUGUGGAGCGAACUCACAAGCUGGUCACGCCGGAGAAGUCGCCCAUAAAACAAUCUGACUCAACACCCAGUUUAGGUCUUUUGGGUGGACUUCGGAAACCAACAUUACUUCUGCCUCCGUCUACGGGCUCAGCGCCACCAAAGAGUUUCGGAUCUGAUGCAACCCUGCCCACUCUGUCGGGCAGCCUGGGCCGCGCGGCGUCGGCGUCGCCCAAGAAGAAGGGCCGCGGCCGCCCGCGCAAGGCCGACAAGAAGCAGAGGAACGCGUCUCCUGACCUGUUCAGAUCGAUGCAGAGCGGGUCGGGCAAGCCGCCGGCGGCGCCGGUGGCGGCGGCCUUCCUGCAGUACCGCGGGCCGCCUGGCGAGGUCGGCUCCGACAGCGACCUGGCGCUCUCCAGGUCGUCGAGCAGUAGCUCGGCGUGGUCGCAGUCGUGCUCGUCGUGCACGCACUACGACGACGACAACGCCUCCACGCACUCCUGCGACCUCAGCUCCUCCGACGCGUCAAGCGGCCCGGAGCGCACGGGCCGUCGCCGCACGCGCCGCGCCGACGCCUCCGACCCGGAACCCUCUACUCCUGUCAAGGGGCGCGGCACGCGGUCGUCGGCGUCCAAGACACCCGUCAAGAGCGCCGGCGCGCCGCUCGAGCCGCUGCAGCUGGUGUGGGCCAAGUGCCGAGGCUACCCGUGGUACCCAGCGCUGAUAAUCGACCCGAAGAUCCCGAAAGGCUUCAUCUACAACGGCGUGCCGCUGCCCGUCCCGCCACAAGACGUUCUCAAUCUCAAGAAGAACCACUCGCACGAACCGGUCCUUUAUCUCGUUCUAUUCUUCGAUGUCAAACGAACCUGGCAGUGGCUGCCGCCGAACAAACUCGAACUCCUGGGCGCCGACAAAGCCGUCGACCAGGCAAAACUGGUCGAAUCCAGAAAGCCGACCGAACGGAAAGCCGUCAAAAAGGCGUUCGGCGACGCCAUGCAGUUCCGGAAGCAGGUCGACGGAGAGAAAUGACAAAGGUUUAGGGACCGGCCGCGGCGGUCGCGUAAGACUUUCAGCUUCGGGAAUUUCUCGCUGUCGAACAUCAGGACGCCGGAGACCACCGAUUCCAGUGAUUAGAUUGUGGUGCAGUGAUUGCGGUGAAAUACCGGCCCAGUACAGUAUAGAUGUUUGAAUGUGAAACCUGAACUGCGUGUAGUGGUAGGUAGUGCGUAGGGCUGUACAGAUGGUUAAAACAUUGAUGAAGAUGACCAAGAGGUCGUAGAAUAGACGUUAGAGAUAAGUUCUCACAGGCAGCAAAUAGCUAUUGAAUGUAUUGAUAUCACACUAAGAUUGAUUAAGGUUGUACAAGUUUGCAUGCAAAGAGAUCAGAGGUGGAAUUGUGUAAAGCAAUCGUUAUCAUUUGACAGUUCAUAACGUACGAUUAUUCUGUCAAACGCUUUGUUUAACUGACUUUAUCGUACGUUAUGAACUGUCAAAUGAUUACGAUUGCUUUACACAAUUCCACCUCUGAAGAGGAGUUACAAUUUCUUGUUGUAUGUUGAAAUUAUGAUGAAUAUAAUAUAAUUAAUUACAUGUAGAAUAAUACUAAUAAACUUAAAAAUAAUAGAAUCUGCUUAUAAAAUAACUACUUAAAUUAAUAAAUUGUGGGUAUUUAGUUCUAAGUUUACCUGGCUAUGGCAAAGCAAAGAGUUAUGAUUAUUCAACCAAACUUACUAUGUAGUUGUGUUAAAUAAAAUUAAUGGAUGUAAUCCUAGAAUGUUACAACAUAUUAAUAUAAUGUUUUAAUGUUGUCUGUAUAAUCGUUAUUAUAACUCCAGCUAUUAAGACCAUAGAUUCAGUGAAAUCAAGACAUGAAUGUUAAUCUCUCACUUGCACUUAAAAACUAGUAUAAAGUAUAAAUUAUACUUACCACCAGUAAGUAGGUAUUGUAAGGUCCAAAUGUUUUCUGGGGAUUGUAAUAGAUAUAGCCAUAAUACAUUUCUACUUAUUUCAAUUAUGAAGACAGUUAGUGACCUAACAAUAUUAUUUGAAAUAUCAUCUUGUUUUGCACAUUGUUUAAUUUCUUGGUGUUUAUUUUUAAUUUAUGUUGCCUUAAUUUUGCUUAACAAUUAUUGUAUUAUUUGUUUUACACUAUAAAUCAUGUUGGCUGGGCCAAUAAUAAUAUUAUAAACAUUCUUAGCAAGCUUCAAAAUUGUUAAAAAUAAUAAAUAAGGCAUUUUACAUUAUUGUCUAGAAUAUAAUAAUUGAUGAAUUAUU